UUGGACAUAUACACCUAUUUCCUGCUUUUUAUGGUUAACUAACAGAGAAUUGACAGUCUUCUAAAAAAGUCUAAGUGACAAGGUUACAAGUUCUUGCCGCUAUAUGAGUGUAAGCUCAUGCUCACUACUCUUCCAACAUGAAUCCUAGUCUUCUAACAGCCUUGAGCGGAAAAAUGAUUAGUUGUUCUCCGGGGAAGUAAAAUAAAAGGAAAAUAAGAGUUUUACCAUAUUAGAUGAUGAUCAGUGAAACAUUUUGCAUCGAUUCCUAAAGGAAAUUACCUAGAUUGUCGCCUCUGAACAAAGUAAAUCCAUUCACUUAUUGAAGAUUCUCGAUGAUUAUUGACACGAGUCGUGGUUGCUGCAGAUCCACUUCCGCUAUGGAGAAAUCUAACUCUUCUCAUUGUUGGACUUCUAGAUCAACUCAACUUCUGAAUAUUGCAUUUUUCUUCCACUUUACUGAAGUGACAAGUGUUUGAGAAGGUUACUGAAUAUUCUUACUUAUCCACUCCUGUCUAUGCGCAGUAUCAUCUUAUCAACAGCCUUGCCUGGAGCUUUUCUUUAUACACUUGAAUGGACCAGCUUUCACAACAUGUUUCAGUCACAUGUCUAUCAUCAAAACUCCACGUGCCUUAACAAAAAUAGAGUCCAACGAAUAGAUUAUGUAAUAGUUGUUGGUUCGAAAUUGAGAGGGCGUCAUGCGGAAGCUUAAAGUUUGCAAACCAAGACAGUGAUAAUUCAGAUGACAACGGAAAACAAAUACUAAAAAUAUAUUAUUAAUAUAGUUUGGUCAAACAAUCUACAUAUUAAAAAUAAUAUUGAAAAACUUAAAACCUAUUAGGAGAAAUGAGUUCCAAAACUUUUCCUCCAGCAAAUAGGUUAGCCAAAUAUGUAAAAGAAUUAUAUUUUUUUCUUUCUGGAAAAAAAAGUAAUUAUGGUAUUACUUUUAUUUUCCUUCUAAGAAAAAUAAAACUUAAAUUUGAUAAGAAAAUCAGGGCAAAAACCUUAACAAAUCUCCCCUUUUUGGCUUUAUUUCUUGACUUGAUCCACCUUAUACGCAUGCAUGAUGUUUGUUCUUUACAUAAUCUUCAUCACUACUGUUUAUCGUGGUUAAAAAUAAGAUUUAAAUAUUAUGAUUAAAAGUGGAUUAAAAAUAAAUAUUUUAUUUUUAUUUUUAAAGAUGCAGCAAUAGGAAUGUUAACAUAUGGUUGAAACUUUCUUCAACCUUAUUUCAUCAAAUCAUUGUACCUUUGAACCGUUGACUCUGAUACUACUUGUUAGGUAUGAAAUGGAGAGUGCGUCAUGUGGAAUCUUUAAAGUUGCAUACUAAGGCGGUGAUAAUUCAGACAAUAAAGAAAACCAUACUAAAAUAUAAUAUUAUUGAUAUGGUUCGAUCAAUUGCCCUACACAUUAAAAAUUAAAUAAAAAAGCAUAAAAACUAUUUGAGAGAAAAUCUCCGCCUAAACAAAACUUCUAAACGACUACAUUGUGGAUGGUAUUGUAUUAUCGUAUGAGAAAGGGUAUUAUAUUUAUAGAGUUUCAAAAUCUUUCCUCCAAGGAAAUGUUAGCCAAAUAUGAAAAAGAAUUAUAUUUUUUUUCAAGAAAAGUAAAAGUAAUUAUGAUAUUAAUUUUAUUUUUCUUCUAAAAUAAAUAAAAUUUAAAUUUGAUUAAAAAAUCAGUGCAAAAAUUCUAACAAUAAUGUCAACCAGCUUAUUCUGAACAUGCUACUUAGCUUAAUAAUAAGCCAAAUAAUCCAUCGACCAUCUUUUAUCUUUAUAUAUAUAAUCAAAAGGAUUAAAAUGGUACAAUCAUUAGUGAUGAUUAGAAAAGUUUAGAACAAAUUUAUUUGGAAAUAGAAUAAAAUAUGAUAAAUAACAAAAUAAAUUUAAAUGAAAGAAAAGGAGAAUAGAUUCCGAAAGGGCUAUACAAUAUUGGCUAAAUUAAAAACAUCUCUUCCUAUAUUACACUGAAUCUUAUUGUAACUAUAAUAUAAAAUGGCUAUGGAGAUAGUUUAUUACUGAGCCACUUCACCAAUAAAUCAUAAAAAAUGUUUAAUACAUAGUCAACCCUUUUGACUUGUCAGGAUGUUUCAUUUUUACACUUGAACUAAAUCACAUUCCUUUUGAAUAUCUCAACUCCUAACAAAUUAUACCAAUUAGACACUUUCAGUUUAAACUUAAGAAAAACUUCGCAUAUAUUUCAUCUAUUAGGUAGUUAAGUUAAUCACAUAAAAUAUAUCAUCUCAUUUUAAUUUGACGCAGCAACAUCAAGUAGAUAACGUUUGGGGUUUUAUGAUUUAUUGAGGUAUCGUAUAAUCAAAGAAGAUGACAUAUGUCAUGCGGUUAACUUAAAUACCUAAUAGACGAAUAAAAACAUACUUAAAAGUUUUUUCAAAAUCUAAACCAAAAGUAUCUAAUUAAAAUAUUUUAUUAAGAGGUGAGGUAUCCGAUUGAAACAUGACUUAGUUAGAACAUCCAUUUCUACGAGAAGAGCAUAAUGGGAUAGUAAGAAUUAUAUCCAUCCCUACAAGAAGAGGCAUACAACACUACCAAAUGAGAAACUAGCGAUGGAUAAAUUUUGUAGCUAAACAACAAAGUUAGUCGUUAAUCCUAUUUAGCAAUGUAUUAAUGACAAAUUACCAAAAAAAAAAAAAUCAUUAGCCAUGACCAAUUUAGCAAUGAAACGAGUCUUUAGGAAUUAAUCUUCCUAUUGUCUUACAUAUGCAAAAUGUUAGUAAGAUUGGAAGUGGAUGAUGUUUGUUUUUAUAAUUACCAGGUGUCAUUUGAGGUACAGAGAAGUAUAAUCAGCAAUCAUGUUGAUGAUUUCUUGAAUGGCUUGAAGCAACUAAAGAAUGAAGAAGAAAAAAUUGCUUCAAAAUUGGAUGACAUUGAAAAGUUAAUAAUGGAACUUAUGUAGAAAAAAAAGUUGGAACAAAGUUUGGGAAAUUUUCUCUUUCUAUAUUCCUUGUCAAUGACCUUUAUUUAUACAAGCUAAACUAAAGAAAGGAUCUUCCCUUCUAAGCUAAACAAUGAAACUAGAAAAAAUAAAUAUAAAAGAAGAAGCUUCUCUUCUAAGCUAAAAUAAAGUAACCUUCUAUUCUAAGUUGGCCCAUGUUCUUGUUUGCUACUGAAAAUGUUUAUUCGGCCCAAAUAUUUAUUUCGCCUAACAAAUGAAGCUUUCUUGUUUGGAUUGAAUGACACUCUUCCUUUAUUCUCAACAUCCCCUCAAGAUGGAGGGGAUCGAAGUGAGUCCCAUCUUGGCAAGAAGACGGUGGUGCGAUGGUCCAGAAAGGGACUUUGUGAAUAUGUCGGCAAGUUGAUCCUUUGAAGGGAGAUAGUGAAGAGAAAUGAGCUCGGAAAAAGUUGUUGCCGAAUGAAAUGACAAUCUAGCUCCACAUGUUUUGUGCGUUCGUGGAAUACGGGAUUUCUAACGAUAUGAAUCGCUGCUUGACUGUCGGAACGAAUGGGUAUCGACAAAGCCGGUGGAACUGAUAGAUCAGACAGUAAGCGAGUUAACCAAGUAAGCUCCGCAACUAAUCGUAUCAUCUAUCGAUCUUCCGCUUCAGCUGAGGAAAGAGACACAAAUGCUUGCUUCUUGGAUUUCCAAGAAAUAGGAGAACCUCUCAUGGAGAUGAGAAACCCACUGAUCGAUCGACGAGAAUCUGGGCAAGACGCUCAAUCCGUAUCGCAAAAUGCAUUGAGGGAAAAAGAAGGAGAGGCGGAUAAGAAGAUCCCUCGACAAAAAUGUCCUUUUAGAAAGUUCACAAGCAAGAUCCAUCGGAGAUGAUACAGUAUGCAGAUGAGAAAUGUCAAACUCUUGAAGUAAAUCAAAGAUGAUAAAGCUUAGCACCAUUGGACUGACCAAACCUGUGCUCAAGACUGGUCCAAAGUUCUCGUACAAUUUUGGAAUAAAUUAUACAGUCAGCUAUGUCCUUAGAGAGUGAAUUCAAGAUCCAUGAUGUGACCAUGUCAUUGCACUUUGUUCCAUGCUUGAAAAUCUGUUGCAUCCGAUGCUGGGCAUGGGUGGGAACCUGUGAUGAAUCCCAAUUUGUUCAUUGCUGACAGAGCAAUUAGGACUGACCUCUUCCACCCUGGAUAUCCCUUGCCAUCAGAGGGUGUAUUUACUAGUGUCAUACCAGGGUUACCAGAAGCAUGAAGAUGAUUAGGAUCAUUUGGAUCCAUAGUAAGAAUGCUAGCAGUAGUAGUCACUGAAGCAGUAGCUAUUUGCUCUGCCAUGUUUGAGAUCGAGAAAGGAGAAAGUUGGUGUUGAAUCUGAUUUGAAAAUUAUUGCUCUGAUACCAUGUAGAAAAAAAAGUUGGAACAAAGUUUGGGAAAUUUUCUCUGUCUAUAUUCCUUGUUAAUGACCUUUAUUUAUACAAGCUAAACUAAAGAAAGAAUCUUCCCUUCUAAGCUAAACAAUGAAACUAGAAAAAAUAAAUAUAAAAGAAGAAGCUUCUCUUCUAAGCUAAAAUAAAGUAACCUUCUAUUCUAAGUUGACCCAUGUUCUUGUUUGCUACUGAAAAUGUUUAUUCGGCCCAACUAUUUAUUUCGCCGAACAAAUGAAGCUUUCUUGUUUGGAUCAAAUGACGCUCUUCCUUUAUUCUCAACAACUUAGAAUCCUAAGAACAUUUGUCCUGUUUGGCAAUACCAAUUUGGAUGGCUUCCAUACCAAGAUGUCCCAGAAAUUAGACAAGUUUGAACGUUUAGUUCAGUCACUUUUCUAUCAAGAUGAAGAUGACAAUAUCCUGUCUAAAUACGACAUGGAUGAUGUUGCCCAUCGCCUGAUGGAAGAUAUCAAAAGUUAUUUGAGUUUGAAGCAUGAUUUUGUAGCCAUGACGACAGAAGAGAAAACGAUUGAAUACUGGGACAGCCUCCUGAAGAAUCUCCAUUAUCUACCAAAGUAUUGUGCUAAAUUGUUUCUACCCUUGAUGAAUGAAUACAAGAUUCUUCGGCAAGUUUGCAGACAUCUGGGGGAUUUCUAUCGGUUGAUAAUUAAAGGAUGCAUCGCGAACAAAACAACUGAAUAUCUCUAUCCUCGGUUGCAAAUGACAGCUGAUAUAGUAACAGAAUUCUGUUUUGAUCAUUGGUGUAAUGAAAAGUUACUAUUUAAGUAUGGCACCUACGAAUGCUCCUCCAAGAUUGCUUCUCUACUCUUGGAAAUAAUCCCUGUUGAGCUUGAGGUUCUAUACAUUUGUACUUCAAAGGUGAAAGAAUCAAGGUCAACAGAACUAGAAGGGUUCGUUAAGCAAAUUCUAAAAGCAUCUCCAAGGAUUCUUCAAAAUUAUUUGAUUCUUCUCCAAGGACGCAUGGCAGGUGCAGUGGCUGUGAAUGCUCUUACUCAAAGCAUUUAUAUCAUGAUGGAGUUCCUAUUGAUCUUUUACACUGAUAUACCAAAGCGCUUUAUCCAUCGUGACAAAUUGAACGAUAUGUUGGCCCAUCUUGGAGUUCUUACAAGGGAGAUAUCUAUUCUGGUGAACAAGAGCUCUGAGAAUAUGAUCAACGAAGCGAACUUUGCAACUUCAGACUUCUUUCAAGAAGUUGAACAAAUUAAGGGAGAACUCAGACAGAUGUUUCUGAAAGCCCCAAAGUCAUCUCAACGUCGCUUUCCAAUGGAUGAUGGUUUACUCUUCAUAAAUCUUCUACUCAGACAUUUGAAUGAUUUGCCCAUUGCCAGUGCUUAUUUAGGUGCUCUGAUGAAAAAAGAAAUCAGGAUGGUGAAAGAAUGCCUUGAAUUCCUAAGAUCAUUUUUCGGGGAAGUCAGGCAAAGAUUGGAUCACAACGGAUUACUUAAAAAUCUUUGGGCACGUGCAUUAGAUGUGGCAUACGAGGCAGAACAUGUCAUUAAUUCCAUUCUUGUUAGAGAUAAUUCUCUCUCUCAUCUGAUCUUCUCACUUCCGAGUAUCAUUGAUAAGAUCAAGCUAAUCGUGGCAGAAGUCACCAGAUUACAGCUGGAGGAUAAGAAUGGGGACCCCCUUGAUGCAAAGUCUUCCGACGAAACAAUUGGGUUAACUUCAUCACCUCUUGUUGAGGUAAUAGUAGGUCUUGAGGAAGAAGUAAACUGGAUCAUUGAUCAGCUCUUUGAUGAACAAGCCGAGCUUGAUGUCAUUUCUAUUGUCAGAAUGCCAGGACUUGGUAAAACAACUCUGACCAACAAAGUGUAUAACAAUACAUUAGUUGCUAGUCGAUUCAAAGUUCGUGCUUGGUGCACUGUUUCCCAAAAGUAUAACAAGUCAAAGGUGUUACAGAAAAUUCUUAAUCAAGUUACUGGCUUUGAAGAAAAAGAAUGUGGGGAUGACAUUGCAGAAAAACUACGAGGAGCACUAUAUGAUAGAAGGUACCUCAUCAUCUUGGAUGAUGUGUGGGAUAUUGCAACCGGGGAGAUGUUAAUAUCUUGUUUUCCAAAGGUUGAAAGAGGAAAUAGAAUUAUCUUAACUAGCCGAAAUAGUAAGGUAGCUUUGCAACUUAAAUUCCACAGUGAUCCUUUCCACCUUCAACUUUUAACCCCUGAAAAAAAGGUAUUUGGAGAAGGAAACUGCCCUGAACUGUCGGAUGUUGGACACCAAAUAGUUGAGAAAUGUCAAGGUCUUCCUUUGGCUGUUGUUUUGAUUGCUGGAGUAAUCGUUAGAAUGAAAGGAAAGAAAAAGGAUUCAUGGCAUAAGAUUCAACAUAAUCUGGAUUCCUUUAUUUCUGGGAACAAUUUGCAGACAAUGAAGGUUAUGCAACUAAGUUACGACUAUUUACCAGACCACCUGAAGCCGUUGUUGCUUUACUUUGGAGGAACUCGAAAGAGAAAACGUACUCCAGUCUAUAAGUUGAUUCAGUUGUUGAUGGCCGAAGGAUUUGUUGAUCAUAUACCGUCCAAGAGUAGUUUAGAGGAAACAACUCAAAGUUACUUGGAUGCUUUAAUUUCCAGUAGCCUGAUAAUGGUGUCUGAAAAGCCAGUGGAAACUUCCCCGUUUUAUAUUAAGGUCAAGGUUUGCUAUGUGCAUGACGUUGUGCACGAUUUUUGCUCAGUAAAAGUAAAAAAAGAAACGUUUUUCAAGUUCAUUAAUUCAGGUGCUCCAGUUCAUGCUUCGGAUUUCAUAAACCGUCAUGUAACCAUUCAUACUGAAAGCCAACUCCACAAAAAAUGUGUUGUGUUCAAUUCUAGUAAGUCUUCAGGCACUGGUAGUUAUAAGCAUCUCAUAUCCUUGAAAGUGAACAACAAUACAUUAGUUUCUAGUUAAUUCAGUUUUCGUGCUUGGUCCACUGUUUCACAAAGCAUAGAAGGUCAAAGGUGUUGUCAAAGAUUGUUCAGCAAGUUACUGGCUCGGAAGAAAAAGAAAGUGAGGAUGACAUUGUUGUUAAACUUUAAGGGGUUGUUUCGUGUGAGGUAUAAGGAAUAAGUAGUUUCGGUAUAAAAUGAUUAUUUUAUCUCAUGUUUGGUUGGAGGUAUUAGUCAAUACCGGGAUAACAUAUCCCACCAUUUACACCAUAGUGAUGGGAUAAGUUAUCCCAUAUGGAUGGUGGGAUAAGUUAUCCCGGAUAACUAUUUCCCAACCAAACGACCCCUAAAGAAUUCACCACAAGAUUGCAUGUAACUCAUUAGACAGAUUUGAAACUAGAUGAAUAAUAGGAAUACUAAACUCGUUCCAUUGCAAGACUUGAUUGAAGAAAAACUUUAUCUUCUAAGUCUUGAUAUUGCUCUCAAUUUAUUUCUUCUCAUAGAUGGAUAGAAAAGAAAGAAACGUUGAAAGAGAUGGGUAGAAAGAAGAGAAACGUGAUAUCUGACUUAGGGACCAAUCCUUUAUAAUUAUCUUCUUUUCAAUUAAAAAGGUACGUUUUCAAGAAAGGUGCUUUUUCAGGAAAGUGCCUUUUUUGAAAUGGAAAAGGUACAAAUAUACCCCUGAACUAUGGUAAAUGGUACACAUAUGCCCCUCAUUAUAUUUUGGGUACAUUUAUACCCUUCCCGUUAAUGUUUAGGGUUGUAUAUACCCCUGGACUUAACGAAGGGAUACGUGUCCAAAUGCUAGCGGCUGACCCAUUUUUUAAAAUUAUAUUUAAUCUAAAUAUAUUAAAUUACCCAAAUCAAUCCCUAUCCGACCCGAACCCGACCCGCUCCAUCAAAUAUUCAGAACAAACCCACAAUAUUACAUUGCCAUCAGAAUCCUCCACCAAUCUCCGUCGUAUCACCGCCUCUCCUGACGGCUUAUUCCUCCUCGCUAUCGACGAAAACAAAUGUUGCCAAUUCAUUAACCUCCCCCGCCACACUGUGCUCCAUUGUAUCACAUUGAAACAUCCCAUUGCGGAUGCUAAAUUUAGACCUAAUGGAAAAUUCAUUGGUCUUGCUGCUGGUAAGCUUCUCCAAAUAUGGUGUUCGCCGGGUUUUAGAAAAGAGUUCUUUCCGUUUGAGUUGAUUAGGACGUUCACUGAUUGUAAUGAUGAAAUUAAGUCGUUAGAUUAGAGAAUUGAUUUGGAUUAUUUGUUAGCGGAAUCAAAGAAUUUAACUUCUAGGCUUUUUUGUUUGUAAAAAUCAACCAAGUAUAGCAAGCCGUUUCUGUUUUUAGGACAAAAGGAUGUGAUUGUAGGUGUUUUCUUGGGAACUGAUAAGAAAAUUAAUAAGGUUUGUAAAGUGCAUACGGUAUCGCGAGAUGGCACUAUUUUUACUUGGGGAUGCAAUGAAAUGGAUGGAAAUAAUGGUGAACCAGAAUCACUAGGUACACCAGAGCAAGGACAAGGGAAUAAUGAAGAAGGUGAUAGUGAUAAAAUAGUUAAGAAAAAAAAGAAUUUUGAUGGAAAAUAUGGUGUAAGAUCAUAGCAAAUGCCCUUUUUUCUCGUUAAUUUUGUGGGUUUGUUCUGAAUAUUUCAUG